AUGGAUCCUGAUACUAGUGCUGGAGGUAGUCUACAGAACACUACUCCUCGAGCUACCGUGUUAGAUCGGGGAUUAGGCGACCAUGAAGGGUCUAACAAUGACGACAGUUUGUUACAAGAUAAUCACAAUGGAGAUAUGUUGUUUUCCAGUGGAAACAUAGAAAUUACAGAACUCAAUGCUGAUCCGGCAAUCCCUCAUAGUACUGUUCAAGACGGCUCGGAAAAUAAUAUAGAAAUGAUAAUUGAAGGUGGGAAAAAAUGGCUCCCAAUCUAUUUAUUAAGUAGUAGUCAUUCUACUGUAUGGACGCACUAUUUGUCAUUAAAUAAAUCUUUGAAACGUCUUAAAUGUAAGCAUUGUGGUGAAAUCAUAAAUAGAAAGGAUUCAGUAAACGUUUCCAAUACAAACAUGAAAAAAUAUAAAUGGCAUCUUGAAUCGGUGCAUAAUAAGACGGUAACAUCUAAUUAUUAUAGCACAAAUAGUACUAAACUACCCUAUAAAAUUCAGAAAAGAAAUGGGCGGAAAUUAAUUCUCUCUCCAAUUGAUAAUCUAGAGAGCUAUUUCAUUUUCCAAAGGAGAAAGACAACUGGUCCCGUGGGUCAUCUUAACUUCCUCCAAGAUAUUCAUGAUGAUAAAGUGCUAUAUGGAGAUGGCUUGGCAGAUUUAAGGAAAGAUGUAGUAGGUACAAUAAAAAGAGGAAACAAUGAUGAUGAACAUGACAGCAACAGUACUCAAACUGAGAAAAUUUCAAAAGAAUUACUCUUUACCUCACUGAUUGUAAAUGAAAACCUACCAUUGUCGUUUUCAUUUAAUCCAAUGUUUCAAUUACUAAUUAAAGAUAAUAUUCAGAAAAAUGAGCCCCCUUCAAGAAAUGUUAUUGAAAAGACUAUAAGAUCUCUUACAAAAUCUAUUACAAGGAUGGUCAACGAUGAACUCAGGAACAGCAAUCUUUCGUUUCCACUAAAAUUGGAUUUGGGUAAGUAUGGGGAUACUGUAGGUGACUGGCAAAAAAUGCACGAAAACGAGUUAUUAAUGACUGAAAUGAAGGAACUUUUUUUGAAGUUAUUCAAAUCUAACCUUUUUACAGCCAACCAAGCGAUCUAUGGAAAGGAUUUAUUAGUUACCUCAGUUCAAUUUCAUGACUCAGAGUCAAAUUCCAAUAAAGUAUUACCAAUCUCAAUUCAUAAACUAAAUUCUGUUGUGAGCACUCAUGAAAAUUCAAUUGAAAAGUUUAUAGAGUCUAAAUUAAGCGAGGCCCUCUUCGGAAAGGGAAAUAUGAUUUCUCCAGGAAUAUCAGUUACUCUAGCCAACAAUUUAUUUACAUCGGAUGUAGAAUCUUCGAUGAACUCUGCGUACAUGGCGAAAUCAAGUAAGGUAGCUUUUCGCAGGUGUAUUACUAAUGUGCUGGUAAAUUCAGUGGGUCCCUUCUAUGGACAUCAUGAUACUGAGGGAUCUGGGGCCAUUAGUUCAAAUCAGUUUGCUAUCAAUGGCAAGGAGAAGAAUAAAAUUGAUUAUUUGAUAAACUUAACUCAUGUCAAUAUCAGUUCUUCAAUAUUCGGAAAAAUCAACUCAUUUUAUAGGGAAUUACUCAACGAUCGUGAUCUAUAUGAAAAAUUCAUGAGCUCGUGUAAGGUACUAAAGAUCCCAUUCAAUAAAAAUGCAACUAGACCAUUUAAUAAAAACUUUCCUUCAACUUCACCAAGCUUUUUACGUCAAUUCCUUAAAUUCAGACAAGUGGUCGAAAAAUUAGAAGGUUACCUACAUUACGAGAAGUUUACCAGCCUAGAUUACGAUAUAGUUGAGAUUUAUGAAGAAUUUUUAUCCUCAAUCAAUCAGCUGGUAGCUUUCUUGGUAUCGCCUAUACCAAACUUCCAAUUUGUGUUACUUAUUUUGGUUUCAAUCGAAACGUAUAUCAACAAUAUUAUGAAAUCAAAGGAUCUAAAACUGAUUGACAAAUAUGGAAAACCCUUUGAAGCAUUUUUAAAAGAUAUUCAACUUUUAAAGAAGAAUAUUGUUAAUGACGAAGAUUACAGACUGGCGUUAUUCUACUGUCCUACUACAUUGUACGAAAAACAACUGGUAAGGAGGACAUAUCAAACUGUAGCGCUUCAAGAAGUCACUGAAAAAAUAAAUAAAAUGACAUUACAAGUGUUCGAAAAGUUCAUCAAUUUGCACUCGGAGCCCCAUGUAUUAAUAGAAGAGCACAUCAGCAACCCUGAUAAAAGAACAUAUGAUAAUAAACAAGGUAUGGAUAAAUAUGAUGCUAUAGCACUCUCUGAUUCUAAUAGGUCUGAAUCUGGCGAGGAAGAAGAUCCUGGGCAUCCUGGUAUAAAUGAGAUGAGGAAGUUUCUACUAAAUGAAAUCAACAUUUCUACCACAGAAUAUUUGAAUUCAGUAAACCUGAAUUAUCCAAAUAUACUGAGAGCAGUUGUAGACCAAAAUCAGGUUCUUAAAUAUAAAGAAAAUUCUGGUAAGUUCUUCAACUCCAAAACUGGUAAAAUCCUAAACUCAAUUGAUGAGCUCAUUUACAUCCAUAUUCCCGCAAGUAAUGUUUUCCUUCAACAAUUCAAAUUUUUAGAGAAGGACAAUAACAAUUCAAUUAUUUUCAGUUUUGUGCUGAAAUAUAUCCAAACUCUGUCUGCCUCCUCACUGAAAUCUCAGUUCCUUUUCUUAAACCAGUAUGAACCUUCUAAUGGUAAUGAGCUGUUUAGCGAAAUCAUAAAAUUACGAAUUUUUAACGGGCAGUUCAAUAUCAAUAAAAUUGAUUUCGAACGUGAUAGUCUAAACUCUAUUUGCAAAUAUCGCUCCUAA